AUGGCGAUCAUUACCUCGUUGUCAUCUUCUGCCCCCAAGGCUGCAAAAUCUCCAACCGUUGAUUUGAAGACGUUUUCCGACGCCGAACUUGGCAGCAGCAUCCCUAUACCUCUACUUAGCACCAAGGACGGAAAUUUGAUGAGACAGUGGAACGCUCAGGUCCCCAGCCUGGUCAAUCGCUGUGUGCAUGAGCUCAUUGCGGACCGCUGUGAUAAACAGGCAGAUGCUAUAGCAGUCCAUGCUUGGGAUGGCGAAAUCACUUAUGCUCAGUUACAUGAACUUUCUUCUUCCCUGGCAAGACAUAUCAUUGCCCAUGACUUUGGGGCGCCGGGGAUCAUCCCGCUCAUAUUUGAAAAGUCUAUCUGGACCACCAUAGCCCUACUCGGGGUAAUGAAGGCAGGUGGCGCAUUCCUUCUCAUUGACCCGGCCCAUCCUGUCUCGCGACUGCGAGAAAUUUGUGCAAUCGCAAGAGUAAAGCUCGUCAUUGCAUCUCAACAACAGACCGACCUGGCCCGAAAACUCGUUCCGGAUGUGAUUACUCUAGGCGAGAAUGAGCCUGCAAUCAUGAAAGCCAGUUUACAUGGCAAAUUGAGACCGGUCUCACCCGAGAUUCCAGCAUACUGCGUCUUCACCUCCGGUUCAACUGGCAAGCCUAAAGGUUUCUGCGUACAGCACGAUGCCUUUGCCACAAUGGCUGCAACUGUUCCCGUGGCCAUGGGUCUCAAUGCCACCAGCCGGGUGUUCCAAUUUGCUUCGUAUGCCUUUGAUGCCAGUGUUUUUGAACACCUUGCAUGUCUUGUGAUGGGUGGUACUCUAUGUGUUCCCUCAGACUCUGCACGGUCUGACUCCGUUACCGAUGCUAUCAACGAAUUCCAAGCCAAUUUCACGAUUCUUACUCCAUCGGUAGCCCGCAUCUUAUCACCGACUCAAAUGCCUAGUCUCCGCACGCUAGUCAUGACAGGAGAACCCAUGAGGAAAGAAGAUGUUGAUAAAUGGUCUUCAUACCUCCAGCUUGUCAACGGAUAUGGCCCGUCUGAGUGUGCUGUUUGCUGCUGUGUGCAUUCCUCUGUGAACUCGACCACGGAGCUCGGGCAAAUCGGUCGUCCCCUCGGCGCUUGUCUAUGGCUAGUUGACCCAGAUGACCUUGAGAAGAUAGUUCCAGUCGGUGCCGUAGGUGAGAUCUUGAUCGAAGGUCAUACCGUAGGCAAAGGUUAUCUAUCUGAUCGAGAUCGGACCACUGCGGCUUUUGUUGAUGCUCCUAAAUGGCUGGCAGAAUUCCGCUUAGGCACAUCGAGGCAAGUGUACAAGACUGGUGACUUGGCAGAAUAUCGGCCCGACGGGACAUUGCGAUUGCUUGGAAGAAAGGAUUCUCAAGUCAAGAUCCGUGGGCAAAGGGUCGAAUUGGUGGACGUGGAGCAAAAGCUCAGGAUGUUUUAUCCUCAAAGCACAGAAGUCGUCGUGGAAGCUAUCGACACGAAUCGCACCCCAAUGCUCAUUGCUUUUGUAUCUCACCAAAGCUCAGCCGACACCAGUGACGAUGGCGAUUUCCUUUGCCCACCAAAUGCCUCAUUCUACGCGGAGUCUCAGGCGGCACGCAACACAUUGGCCAAGUCAUCCCCGAAUUACAUGAUCCCUUCUAUCUUUUUCCUUCUUGCAUACCUUCCCACAAUUAUUACCGGCAAGGUCGACCGCAGGCGUCUGAGGAUUCGAGCUGAGGCAUUGUCACCAUUAGAUCGGGCCAAGUACAAAAACCCAUCUGCCACCUUCGAUUGCUCAUGCACCCUUGCUUCCCCGACAGAAGACGCUCUCAAGGGGCUAUGGGCUCAAGUGCUCAGUAUCGCGCCAGACAUGAUUGGACCAAAGCAUGACUUUUUGGAGCUUGGAGGAUCUUCCAUCGAUGCAAUGAAGCUGGCGGCGCUUUGUCAGAAGGAAGGCUUUGCAAUUCGCGUUGCAUCUAUUCUUGCUCAUUCGGGUCUCCAAGAAAUGUCUUCAGUCAUCGAAAACCACCGGGACCAAAUUGCAUCCCCGCUGCCUUCAUACAAGCUUGACCACAACCUACGCGACACGUUAAUUCGCGAUCGGUUGAUUAGCGAGAUGGAUGUGAUUGAUGUUUUCCGCACCACAGAAUUCCAGAGAUGGAACCUCGAGCAGCCCUGUGAUCAUCUUACAAUCGAGCUACCGGCCGAUGUUGAUAUCAAACGCCUUGAAGACGCAUGGAGAAAGGUAAUCGCAAGGCACGCCGCUCUGCGAACGGUUUUUAUCCUAUAUCAAAACCAAAUACUCCAAGUGGUGCUGAAGGGCUGGAAAGACAGAAUGGAAUUCAUGGAUGUACAGGAAGAAAUUCCUCCUGUCAUUGAGGGUUUGAUUCGCGAAAAGUGCAGGCAGUUUCCGCCUGCUGGGACGUUCCACUUUCAUCUCACAUUUUUAUCCAGCCCAACGUCUCGGGUCCUCUUGGUCAGGAUCAACCAUGCCCAGUACGAUGGAAUCUCGCUAGGAAUUUUGUACAACGACUUCAUGUCUGCAUACUCCGGUCGAGAGCUUGCAGUGUCAGAGGACUUUUCGGAUUAUAUGCGCGUUCGACAUGCCCAAAGUACGCCAGAAGCGUUCGACUACUGGAGAAAAGCCCUCGACAAUGCCACCAUGACGGUUUUGAGCCAGUCUCAACCAACAUUGCAACGAGAUAUUGUUAUCCACGCGGAGGACUUGGCCCGCCCAUUACCUCCCAAAGGAAUCACGCUCGCCACUUUGCUCACAUCUGCAUGGGCUUGGACACUCGCAGCAUCCACUGGCCAGUCAGACAUCGUAUUCGGCUACGUGUCCAGUGGCCGCGACGUCCCUAUGGAUAACGCGGCCCAUUUUGUCGGGUCAGCCGUCACCACGGUACCUAUGCGCCUCACUUUGCAGCGAUCCUGGACAAUUUCGGAUUUAUUGGGGGAAGUGCAGAAUAAGCGGAUUCUCACCGCUCCAUAUGAAGUGAUCGACUUUGAGGACAUUGUUUCGCAAAGCACAUCUUGGCCCGCUGGCACACAAAUCGGCAGCGUCUUUUCUUAUGAAGACUUCGGGGAGGUUCCCGAAAUCUCAUUGGAUGGGGUCCAUUGCUUGACAAAAUUCCACUUCCAAAAGACUCCGACCGUGCCUUACGCUUUGGUCUCGCCCAAAGACGGGAUGAUCGGAGUGAGGGUUGCGGGCCGCACCGAUUUCCUUUCUCGGGCACAAGCUAUGCGACUUUGCGGAAUGAUCUGCACUACUGCGAAAUAUUUCUCCCUGUUCCACGAGCGCCACCUCCCAUGGGAGCAGUUUUCUGAAUCUUGUACCUAG